AUGUCAGUCCGAACAAGUAGUAUUAUUGAACAUGAUCAUUAUUCAUCUAUUCCGGAUUUAAUUGCUAAAAAACGUGAUGGUUAUGAACUUGAUCCUAAUGAAAUUAAACAAUUCAUAAGUGGACUUACAAAUGGUGAUGUUCAAGAUUGUCAUGUUGGUGCUAUGCUUAUGGCUAUGUUUAUUCAAGGUAUGAGUGAAAGAGAAAUAUGUUCAAUGACAAUGAGUAUGCGUGAUAGUGGUGAACGUUUACAAUGGCCAAAAUAUCGUGGUUCAGUUGUUGAUAAACAUUCUACAGGUGGUAUUGGUGAUAAAAUAAGUAUACCAUUAGCACCAGCACUUGCUGCAUGUCAUUUAAAAGUACCUAUGAUGGCUGGUCGAGGUUUAGGUAUAACUGGUGGUACAUUAGAUAAACUUGAAUCUAUGCCUGGUUAUCAAACACAAUUAAAGGAUGAACAAAUUACUGAAUUAAUAUCAACAGUUGGUUGUGGAAUAUUUUCUCAAUCACUUGAACUUAAUCCAGCUGAUCGUUAUUUAUAUGCUAUACGUGAUGUAACAGCAACUGUACCACAUCAUGCAUUAAUUGUAUCAUCAAUAUUAUCAAAAAAAUCUAUUGAAGAUCUUGAUGCACUUGUUCUUGAUGUUAAAUAUGGUGCAUCAGCAUUUAUGAAAACAACUGAACAAGCUGAAAUUUUAGCUGAAUGGUUAUAUAAAGUAUCAGAAUUACUUGGAAUGAAAACAUGUUGUUAUGUAACGGAAAUGAAUAAUCCAAUUGGAUUUUGUAUAGGUAAUGCAAUUGAAAUUGAAGAAUCAUUAGAUCUUAUGAAAUAUAAAAUAAAUCGUUCAAAAGAUUUAGAAGAAUUAGUUUGUGAACAAGGUGGUCGACUUCUUUUACUUAUAAAUAAAGUUCAAACAAUUGAACAAGGUCGUGAAAUGAUUCGUGAAACAUUUCAAAAUGGUUCAGCUUUAGAAAAAUUUCGUGAUAUGAUUAUUGCUCAAGGUGUAUCAAAAACGAUUGCUGAACAAUUAAUUAGUAAUGAUGAUAAAAUAGUUAAUUCAAUUUUAAAACUUGCUCAUAAACAUCAUCAUGCAUUAGCAUCACAAACUGGUUUUAUUCAAUCGAUUGAUUCAUAUAAACUUGGUACAAUUGUUCAACGUCUUGGUGGUGGUCGAUUAAAAUCAACUGCUAAAAUUGAUCAUUCAAUUGGUAUUCGUUUAUUAAAACAUGUUGGUGAUGAAAUUCAAGAAAAUGAACCAUGGGCUUUAUUAUAUGCAAAUGAUAAUGCAGCAAAUCAUUAUCCAAAAUUUUUAGAUGAUUUUCAUACAGCAGUUCAGAUUAGUUCAACACCAGUUGCACCAUUACAACGUAUACAUAAAAUAUUAUCAUAA